AUGGCAUUCCUAACACCUGAUGGAGUCUAUUGCUAUAAGGUGAUGUCGUUCGGCCUGAAAAAUGCGGGGGCAACAUUUACAAGGAUGGUCUCCAAAAUAUUUCACAGCUUGCUUGGGAAAAGCGUGGAGGCCUAUGUGGACGACCUGUUGGUAAAAAGCAAAGAAGCCCCCGAGAACUCUCGAGACCUUAAAGCAUGCUUCCAGCUCAUGGAAAGAUACAAACUGAGAUUGAAUCCAAAGAAAUGCGCAUUCGCUGUCCGUGGGGGAAAAUUCCUAGGAUACAUGGUCACACAGAGAGGGAUAGAACCAAACCCCGAGAAAAUAAAAGCCAUACUGGAUAUGCAACCGCCAACCAACCUACUCGAAAUCCAAAAACUGACGGGACGACUGGCAGCCCUUAGCCGUUUCCUCUCCAAAUCAGCAAAGCGGUCUCUACCGUUCUUCGAAGUGAUCAAAAGAAGAGAAGGGUUCGAAUGGACCCCUGAAUGUCAAGCAUCGUUCGAGGAGUUAAAGAAAUAUCUGUUAUCCCCACCCCUACUAGCCAAACCCAAAGAAGGUGAAACCUUAUACCUUUACAUGGCGGUAUCGGAGCAGGCAGUGAGCUCCGUUUUGGUGCGGGAAGAAGAGAAGCUGCAACAUCCAAUAUAUUAUAUCAGCAAAUUACUAAGAGGGGCAGAAAGCCGAUAUACACCCCUAGAAAAGAUGGUCUACUCUCUGAUCACCACAGUACGGAAGUUAUUCCCAUACUUCCAAGCCCACCCCGUAGAGGUGCUAACAGACCAACCACUCGCCGGCAUCCUGAGGAGCCCAACUUCCUCCGGUCGAAUGGUGAAAUGGGCUAUGGAGUUGACCCAAUAUGGGAUUGAGUACAAGCCCCGACCCUCCAUCAAGGCACAGGCCCUGGCAGAUUUCAUCGUGGAAUGUACAGCAAGAGACCAAAGAGGGAGAGCAAGUGAUUUCAGCCAGAAUACAUGGUGGGAAAUGAGUGCAGAUGGAGCAGCCAGCACCAAACACUGUGGAGGGGGAAUCAUGUUAACCUCACCAGAAGGGUUCAAAGUAUACUACGCCCUAGACUACCAGUUCAAAGCAUCAAACAAUGAGGCAGAAUAUGAAGCGGUGAUCGGAGGCAUACGGCUUGCGACCGCCCUUGGAGCUCAUAACCUUCGCAUUCGAACAGACUCACGACUUGUUGUAGGACAAAUCAAAGGCACCUUCGAGACCAGAGGGGAGAACUUGAGGAUGUACAAGGAUGUUACUGAAGGAUUGCUAGGAAAGUUGGACGCUUACGAAAUACAGCAUGUGCCCCGCACAGAAAACAUGAAAGCUGACCUACUCUCGAAGAUCUCCCUGGGAGGUACCCCAGGACACUUAGCACACAUAUGGAAGAGAGAGUUCAUCCACGCGCCCAGUACAGAAUCCCUCCUGAUCGCAAUGCUAGCCCCAGCAGGCAUCCGAUCCCCGGAUAGCUGGAUAGGAGACCUAACCAGAUACAUCACAUCAGCAGAACUUUCCUCUGAUCCUGUACAGGCCGCAAAAGUCAAGCGAAGGGCCCCAGCCUACCAGCUGGUAGACAACCAACUGUACAAAAGAUCCUUCGGAAGACCCCUACUAAAAUGCCUCCCGCCAAGCGAAGCCAAGCAAAUAAUUGAGGAAGCCCACAGCGGGAUAUGUGCAGCUCACCAGGGAGCGAACACCCUGGCCAGAAAAUUACUGGUCCAAGGAUACUACUGGCUCAGCAUGACACAAGAUUGCAUCCAAAGGAUCCAAAGUUGCCAUACUUGUCAAAAGUUUGCAGAAAAGCAAAACCGACCGGCCACCUUCUACAUGCCGGUCACCACAGCCAUACCCUUUGCUAAGUGGGGUGUAGACCUCCUGGGACCGCUACCCCAGGCGCCAGGGCGCCACAAGUUCUGCAUAGUCGCCAUUGACUACUUUACUAAGUAG